CGGUCCAGCUACCAGAGGUGAUUACUUCCUUCCCUACAUGUAGUAGUUUAUCUUCUGUUGAAAUGUUGGGCUUGUUGUGUCCGUAAGCUAAUUGGAAUGCACGAACGAAUCCAGUCAACUGCCAGCUGCUCGACUCGAUCGAUUUGCUCGCCUCAGACGUCAUCCACACUACCAAAACUAAAUCCUUCUCGCCAACUCUGUUCCAUCAUCUUGAAGCUGUCGAACAACAACUUGAUGGCUUCGAAAGUAACAAUCGAGGCUCUCAAGAAGGCGACACGUGGCCCCGCAUCAGGCAGCGAGAGCAAGACCGCCCAAAAGGCGAACAGUCUACACCCAACGAAGUGGCCAGCAAAGAGCGAUGCCUCUGCCUCCAGGGAAGCGAUAAGUGACGAAGGAAUGGGCAGCAAAGGCUCAAAGAGUGAAGGCAACGAUGAUCAUGCGUCUUCUCGUAGAUCUCCAAGUCCGGUCGUCGUAUCAGUAGCAACAGGAGGGUCAAACGAGGAAGCCAAAUUGGUUUCCGAUCAAGAGGCUAGGGAUCCUCUUGUUAGUUCUCCAGCUCCGCUAGGGGUCGGGAGGUCUGGGUCGAGUCGUGUUCGAGAUCAGAUCAAAAUGAUCGAGGAGAAAAACAAGGACUCUCGUCCGAAACGUCCCGUUCGUCGAACGACGACAAUUGCGGAAUCCGAGGGAACAAACGAGAGAAAGGGCGCGGGAGUUGCGUACAUCUCGACGGUAAAGGCGACACUCCAGACGACGAAUAAACGCUCAAGUUCGACACUAGGACUCGUCUCUCCGAAGAAGGAGCGUCCGCCUUCAUCCAUCGCGAGCACCAUGUCUGUGGAGGAAAGAAGGGCUCUGGCAAAUGAUGUGGCCACGACCGGCGGCAGCGUCGGUGUUCCCGCUGGCAGGAAGAAAUUGAAAUCAUCUAUCAACAGUCUUAUCAGUCGUUUUGAGCAGCAAGAGAAGAAGGUGAGACAAGAUGAACUACUUGAGAAGGUUCACUUGCGUCGAGCGUCUAUUGAUGACUAUAACGCUACUCCUAUUGUGUCUCCGUCGGUGAGCAGUCCGGUGGCAAAGUCGUUCACAGUUGGAAAAAGUCUUUUGGACAGACGAAGAUCGAGUGAGAAGGAGACAGCGUUUGAAACAGUUGAAGAGUGUGAAGACAGCAGCACACAAGUUCCGGUGAAAGACACCUGUGCAGCUGAUGAAGAUGUGGCAAACGUCGAUGAUGGUGAACAGGUUGCCAAACCGAAACUACCACCCAAGCCAGGAGCUCUGCCACCAAUUUCUCGAGUGGUACCCAAACCGGGUGCUCUACCAGAUCUUCGAAUGCCACCAAAACCCGGGCCCCUAUCAGCAGGCUCACAGGUAUCGAAGCCAACUAAUGACAAGAAGGAAGAUGUAGAGGAAGAGGAUGAAGAGUUUUAUGAAGAUGUGUCGGAAACUGUGCAACAAACAAAAGCUGACAUCUCUGAGCCUAAGGUGGUCAUAGAUGUGUCAUCUCCACCACCGACAGACAGUCCAGAUGGAGAAUUAUAUGAUGAUAUCGUUGACGACAAGAAGAACAAUGAACCUGAACAGAAACAGAAUAUCAUGCGGUACAGACCAUUGCCCUGUGUCCCAGACAGAGACAGCAAACAGAAUGAGAAAGGUGGCUUGUUUAGUCGCUUUAGAAGGAGAAAAGGCCAGAAAGCAAGCAAGAAAGACGGCAGUCCACAUGUAAAGCGCAAGUCGAAGAAGAAUGAAGUUAUUCAGCCUUCAUUUAGUGAUGAGGAAGACGAUGCUUUAGAGCUAAAAGAGGAGGACGAAUUGGAGCGGGAUGAAUUAGAGCUGAAAGAGGAAGAUGAAGUGGACAAAGCACAUACACAGAUGGACUCAGACGAGCUUGAUGAUCAACUUUAUGCCGAUGUAGACCCAGUUGUCACUAGCAAACCUGUUGAGACAACCUGUGAUUAUGAUCAGUAUAUGACACCUGUUGGUGUCAUCCCAAAUCAAGUUCAUGUUCAACAGGAAGGAGAGCUAUAUGAUGAUGUGGAAGUCAAUGCUCAAGUUCCUGCUGUUAUUGUGAAAUCAUCAUCUCCGAUUGAGCGCCAGAUGUCACCAGGUGGAACAUCAGAUCAGAGCAGCAGUGAUGUGUAUGAAGACGUGAUAUGUGAUGAUGCUAGCAGUUUAGACAGCAAAGGCAAGAGCAUGACUCCUGAUCCUGCGACCAAACAUAGCAUUCACCCAGGGAGGUUAGUAAGGUAUAGCAGUGAACCAUCGGAUGAUCCUAAUGCUAUUGGUCGGAAGAGCCAGUUUGCUCGUGAAAGGUCACAAACAGUUCCUGAAACAAAUGUGGUGCCAUUGGAUUCCUCGUCUUUAGAUUCUGGUGCAAGGAAUGGUCAUGUGGGGUCGAUGACUGCUUGGGAUACAGAAGUUAUCGGUUUGGCAGAUGCUAUUUGGGAUCAUGUCUCCAUGGAGUCAGAUGAGCUGACAUUUCGGCAAGGAGAUGUCAUCGCUAUUACUGACACCACUCAUGCAGAAUGGUGGAUUGGCUUUACCGAUGACAGUCCCAGAGGCUACUUUCCAGCUACCUUUGUUAGACGGAGAAUAGAUGAGGCAGAUGAGUCAAUGAAGAGUGGACAUAGAUCUCGGUUUUCCUUACGUCGAAAGCCAAAGUUGAGUCAAGAACAAGUUCGAGCUAAAGUCGUAGAAGAAAUUCUGAGUACAGAAGAGGUGUAUGUACGGCAUCUGGGUGACAUCACAGAGGGCUAUUUGAAGCGCUGUCAAGAGAACUCUAGUCUCUUUACUCCAGAUAUACUUCAGUCUAUCUUCUCCAAUAUUGACGAGAUAUAUCAGUUCCACUGUGAUUUUCUAACAUGUCUAAAGGAAUCGACAGUGCAGGAGAAAUUACAGGACAGCCGCAUCGGUGAAUGCUUUGUAAAGAAUGCCGAUCGGUUUCGAAGUUACUCAGAGUAUUGUAAUAAUCAUCCGGACGCUGCUGCUCAAAUGGCUGUUCUGCAGGGGGAUAUGCAGUAUAGAUUCUUUUUCGAGGGCUGUCGAUUACUGCAGAAAAUGGAUGAGAUAUCUUUGGAUGGCUAUCUGCUCACACCAGUACAGAAGAUUUGUAAAUACCCUUUGCAAUUGGCUGAGUUGGGUAAGAACACACCAUCAGACCACCCUGAUUACGAAAUGGUGACUCAAGCACAGACAGUCAUGGCUAAUGUCGCUGAAGUUAUCAACGAGCGCAAGCGCUGCAAUGAAACUCUUCACAAGAUUGCUCAGUGGCAGGUGAAGAUUGAAGACUGGCAAGGAGAAGAUAUGCUUCUGGGGAGUAGUGAGCUCAUUCACAGUGGAGAUAUAUAUAAAAUCUCUAAAGGCCAUUCGCAAGAACGUGUGUUUUUCUUGUUUGACUUUCAACUUGUGUAUUGCAAAAAGGAAUUGCUUGGUGAUGGUCUACAAUAUCGUGGUAGAUUAAAUAUGAACAACUGUAAAGUUGUAGAUCUACAAGAUGGUGAAGUAACUCACAGUGGGUCACCUGUGCUAAAUGCUUGGAAAAUGGAUAAUGUGAAAAAGAACAAGUGGUAUGUGCUUUAUACUAAGAAUUCUGAAGAUAAGGAGAAGUGGCUUCGUUCAUUUGAAGAUGAACGAGAACGAGUCAGUAAGCAGAAGUCGUUAUAUGUAGAUAUACCAGAAGAGAAACGGAAAGAAAUUAUGAAUGCUGCAAGGACAAAGAAGGCCUCUGUUGUGAAACAUAAAGGUCGAUCAAUGCGAAGUUCACUUGACAACGGUGGAGAAACUAAGUUAACAUCAUCGUCAUCCAUCAGACUUCCUGAUCCUGUAUCUUCAGAAGAUCUUCAAGAUGGUGAUGGCAAGUCAAAGAGCAAAAGGCAGCGUGGGAAAAAGAACAAACUAUUUGGUAGCAAGAGAUAGACAGCACGUACAAUGGUUUGUUGGUAUUAAUGACUAAUGCGCGAUGAGCUAGAAAUGAACUUUUUGUAAGUGUACAGUUAGUUAUGAUUACCUUAGGAAAUGGUUAGCAGGUGCUUUAGCACCAGUUGUGUGCUGCAUUUGGCAGACUCUAUGAUGUGAUUAGAGAAGUGUCUCAGUACAAGAUUGUGUUUCCGCGCUUGCUAGUUUGAAAUUGUGUGGACACACCUGCUAAAGGUCAAAUUUAUGCAAAA